CAAACACUACAUUCUGUUAUAUUUAUAUUUUUGCUUAAAAAUGAGGACUACAAUGAUAGACUUGGGAAGGGAAAGAGGACCCUUGGGAAUGCAUAUAAUCACCACAGCCACUUCAGUGGACUGCAAUAGUAGGGAGGUUGGACUGCGACGCUCUCUGCGGUCCUUGAUUGACUGCAUAGUCCCUGCUUGUUGUGGUGCUGGCUUUGAACCUCAUUCCGAGGAUUCAAACAUUUCUCCAGUUUCUUCUUCUUCUUCAUCAGCUUUCUCAAGUGAUACAGAUUCACCAUCAUCUUCGUCAUUGUCCAUUAACAACCGUUCUUUGUCAUCAUCCUCCACCACUUUAAAGGGUACAUUUUUUGGGCAGAGAAACGGACGAGUUAGUUUUUGUCUCCAAGAUGACAACCACUACCACAGGAGGACGCCAUCAAGAAGAAUGACCAACACAACCACUCCCACCGCUACAUUAUCAUCUUUCACACACCCUCUUCUACUUUUGGAAUUUGCAGUUCCUACAUCUUACUUAGCAAAAGAAAUGCAGCAUGGUCUUCUCCGCAUUGCACUAGUAGAAGAAGACAGUACUCAACGCCAACAGCCGCCAACAAAUGGCGCCACUCGUGGGAUAUUUGAAGUGCCAGUUUGGUCUAUGUACUGCAAUGGUAGGAAAGUUGGUUAUGCCACUAGACGUAAGACGACAGCUGCUGAUUCUGCUACUCUUACCCGUAUGCAAUCUGUGUCUGUUGGAGCAGGGGUUUUACCAUCAGAAAAUAAUGACAAUAUUAUUACUGAUGGAAUCAUGUACCUUCGAGCCAGUUUUAGAAGAAUCAUUGGGUCACCAAAUUCGGAGUCAUUUCAUAUGAUAAAUCCUGACCAAGAUGGACGAUCGUUUACUAAUAGUCAUAGUGGUGGGCAAGAGCUCAGUAUAUUUCUGCUCAGAUCAUCUUCUUAAUCGAAAAACAUUAAUGUAUCAAGGAAUUCCCUAUUGUACAUCUAUGUACGUGAGUGUCUUAGAUAUAUCAUAUAUAAUAAUGUAAGUAUGUCUUAAUCUAGUUCUCAGAUCAGAAUCAAAAACCUUAGCAUUUGAACCUUUUGUUACAACUUGUGUAUAACAAACCUUAUGUAUUUUUCAUUUCAAAA